AUGUCCUCGCCCAUGGAGGAGGACCGUGAUCUCCACCCACGCUGGGGCACGCCUGCGACCCCCGCCACCCCACCCAAGCCCGACCACACGCAGGCCCACGCGCGCGACUACGCGGCGCUGCAAACCCACCUGCGGCACUCAUACCUCUUCACGCCGCUCCGCGAGGCGCGCGGCAACACGUCGUACUCUGCCAACUCUUCAAACACGUCCAAAGACGAGCACAAGCCCCGCGUCGAGGACCGCUACGCCCCCGCCCAGGCGUCGCGCAACGUCGCGUUCCGCCGCGUGCCCCAGGAGCCGGGCCACCACUACCAUGGCGGUGAGCGUGCCAUGGUCGACGAAGAGCUGACGCCAGGCGCUCAUCCGCGUCCCCCCAGGCCGGACGAGUUCCCAAUCAACCUACAGGGCUCGGUCGACGGGCGCGGUACGAGCAUCAAGUACCAUACCUUCCCGCGCCAGCGCGUCGAGGGGCUCAAGCGCUGGCUCCACUUCAAGUUUGGCUACCGCCUCGAGGAGCUCCGCCUCGUGUACGACGGGCGUAUCCUCCAUGACCGGGACACGAUGGAGCAGCUCGGUGUCGAGGCGGGCGACUUUAUUGACAUCGUCCUCGAGCCGCCCGCCAUGCCCGUAACCACGCGGGCCACCGCGGCCGCCAUCGCCCAGGUCGAGGCCGAGGCCAAGCCCGAGCCGCGCUCGUCUUCGCCCCCGUCGUCGCCGGCCCCGGGCCAAUCCCCCAAGCCCGACCUGGCGGAUCUGAAGCCUACUCACCUUCACACUCGUACCACGGAGGAGCACGAGGACGCCCCGGACGACUCGAUCGCGGACACCAAGCCCAAGAUUGACGGCCUCGAGCCCGAGCGCGUCGACUUCCAGCGCGUGGUGAUUGAGAGCGAGACGCAUGCGCCCCAGGACGCGGCGCGCGAGCACAAGGCCCGUGAGCGCCGCCAGCAUAAUGGUAAGCGCACCAAGAUCAUCCUCCAGGGCAGCAACGACGGCCGCCCGUACACGAGUGUCGUCAAUUGCUCCGGGAAAAACGCUAUCAAGAUGGUGAAGCAGGACUACAUCAACAAGAAGUUUGGGUACGGCAUCCCCAAGCUCCGGCUGCUGUACGACGGCAGGAUCCUCCAAGACACGGACACGGUCGCGUGCCUUGAGCUCGAGGACGGGGACGUGAUUGACGUCUACCUUGAGCGUGAGGAGGCGUUGUGGGUCAUGCUGACGGGCCCAGAGAUCGGCGGAGCGGCGCACAUCGCGUGA